AUGGAGACAGUGUUGUGGCAGUUCUAUCUUUUGUUGCCCCUCGCAAGUUUGGCUAUAAUCUUGUUGUCGCCUGGCCUAUUUCCUGGCACUUCCCAACUAACCAUUCAGGACACCAAAACUCCAGUCACUCUUGCUAAAGUCAUCAAGGUUCUUGGAAGAACCGGUUCUAGAGGUGGUGUCACCCAAGUCAGAGUCGAGUUCUUGGACGACACUUCCAGAACCAUCGUCAGAAACGUCAAGGGUCCAGUCAGAGAAAACGACAUCUUGUGCUUGAUGGAACACUGUAGCAGUCACACGCGACCUCGGUCACGUGACCAAAACUGGUUCCAGGAUUCCCCAAGUUUUAGUGAUCUGGUAAUUAAUUUGAACAAUUUACUCUUGCCAAGAAUGUCGUUAAUGCCCGAUAAAGAUAGUAUUUAUGUCGACGUGGAGGAGUGCAAUACUGCAGACUGUGCCUCCAAGUUUGAGAAGACCAUCGACGCACGCGAGGGCCGCAAAUACCAAUUGUUCAACAGGAAAACCGGUGCACGUUUGGUUGCUGGCUGUGUUGUACUGAAUUCCGACCACUCAAAAGUGCUGAUGGUCUCCUCUACUAAACACAAGGACCGCUGGAUCUUACCUAAAGGCGGAAUUGAGUCCGAUGAGAUGGACAGCUUCCGCAAAACGGCGUCGCGCGAGACUUGGGAAGAGGCGGGGGCUGUGGGGAAGAUUCUCGGCAAGCUGCCGGUUGCUGAAGACCUACGGUACCGCAAGAACUCUAAGAAUAUACCGACCACGAUCGAAAACGAAAAGAUACCUCGGAGUGAGUUUCAUUUCUAUGAGAUGGAGAUUCAAGAGCUGUGUGAGAAAUGGCCCGAAAUGGAGAACCGUAGUAGAAAAUGGUGCACAUAUCAGGAAGCAAAACAUGAGCUUCUCAAGGCAAAACGGUAUGAACUAGCAGAGGUGCUAGGCGAGUCCCGUAUUCGCAAGGACUGCACGAACGUGAAGUUUGAUGAACACUCAAACGUGUUGCUCGAUAAAGAACCGGCAAAGGACACUUAUUAG